UGAACAUGUCGAUUCCGAGUCUUCAAUCUCGGCGGCCUAUAAAGUCCCUGGGGCCCUUCAACACUCCAGUCAGUAUCUCAUCAUCAGCCUCUUCUCUCUACUCACUACCAAAAAAAACAACCCCUCCCCCCUCAUCUCAUAAAACAUGUCUUUCCACGCCUCUGCCCAGGACAUCCGUGUCGAGAACGGCCACUGGCUCAAGGCCCGCCUCGCCGGCGAGGGCCACCACGACCACCACGACGCCGACCUCGACCUCAACCGCUGCAUCGGUAACAUUGACGGCCACUUCCAGUGGGGCGCCCAGGGCUUCUCCGAGUCCGCCCGCAACAUCUCCUUCCACAUCGAGGGCGGCGCCAACGUGCCCGUCCUGCGCGCCGAGCUGCGCGACCAGCACGGCAACUGGCAGGCCCGCGACAUCAACCUGGCCGAGCGCAUCCAGAACCGCAACGGCCACUUCCACUUCGAGUAAGCUAUUUCAGUCAUGUGUUUGGAAUGAAUGCUCGGUAGUGUACCGGCAUUGGAUACCAGAGCCUGCGCUGGCUCGAGGGUUAUAAAUGGCGUUUAGAAAUGAUAAAAAGAUGGGAUGGCAAGGACCGGAAUGAAAC